GACGCUGUUCAGAUUCAGUCCAUAUGCCGAACCCAUGAACACGUAUACCGCCACAUUUUAACGUUAAAAAUGCAUCUGCUCAUUCUUCUGUCUGUUAUGGUGCUGUCGGUGAGGGCACAGUUCCAAUUCUUUGAGAAUUUCUUUGGUGGCGAUGCGCAGCAACAGCGCCACGAACCACAGAAUGUGCCCAGCGAUUCGGCAUGGUAUAGGGACAACUACGCAAAAGCUCCUUGCUCGAAUUACCUAUGCCCCGACACACUUGCUUGCGUUCAUUUCCCGCAUCACUGUCCUUGUGCGUUCCCGGAAAACGAAGACAAGGUGGAACUAGGGGAGGGGAUCGCUGUUUGUGCAAGCAAAGGUGGAUAUAAAUCCGGAGAGACAAUAAAGAAGAUCGAGCUUGCCAGGAAAGGGCUGCUUUAACAUUCUUCACUACUCCAGCUAAGCCUUGUCUCUCAAGGCUGAGAGGACAAUAGACAUCCGUCCCAAGCGAUCCGCUUUUCUGUACAAUAUCAAGUGCCAUAUGCGAAUUGAUGUGUUCAAGGACAACAUCGGGCUAGACUGCGGUAUUCUUCCAUGUCUGACUCCCUCGUCUUCCGAGUCAUCAAACUAAUCAAGACUACGUAUCCUCCGCGAACGAGGGAAGAGGUGGACACUUAUACCCAUACGCUUCCAAAUCUGAAUUAGUUUCAGUACUGUCGCGAGUCACGACUUGUGCUUUGUUCAACAUCGUGCAUAAACCUACCGGAUAAAAUUGAAUCAUGGAACCCUUCCAAGUCGAUUAAAUCCACACCUUAGUGGCUUUGCUCCAAAUCCAAAUACAGUAUUUCCACUUUAUCA